GUGAACGUCGCAAUGCUCGUUCUCGCGGUUCUGAUCCUUUUCCUCGCGACGUGGGCCAAUGCGCUCCACGAUCCGGCACCAGAUCUGCCAAGAUUCGGUAAACCCCUCAACAAUCUGACGAUAUCGGUUGGUCGAGAAGCUAUUUUCACGUGCAUCGUCGAAAAUCUUGGCCUCUACAAGGUGGCGUGGCUGCGGGUUGACACGCAGACCAUCCUAACGAUAGCAAGUCACGUCAUCACAAAAAAUCACCGUAUCGCAGUGACCCACAGCGGUCAUCGUACGUGGUCACUUCACAUAAGGGAAACGCGAGUGGAAGAUCGGGGAUGGUACAUGUGCCAGGUUAAUACAGAUCCUAUGUCAAGCAACACCGGCUUCCUGGAAGUUGUUGUACCCCCGGACAUCCUGGACUACCCAACGAGUACAGACAUGGUUGUGCGAGAGGGCAGUAACGUAACGUUACGAUGCGCAGCAACCGGGACACCGGAGCCAACAGUCACAUGGCGACGAGAAACCGGAGGUACCGUUACACUCCCCAAUUGGCGAGAGGCGGUGACGAGUACAAGGGGUCCAGAGCUAGAGAUAACACGUGUAACGCGUCUUCACAUGGGACCCUAUCUGUGCAUAGCUUCGAAUGGUGUGCCGCCGACAGUCAGCAAACGAAUCGUGCUCGUCGUUCACUUUCAACCGAUGGUGUGGAUUGAAAAUCAACUAGUCGGAGCUUACGAGGGACAAACAUUAAUUCUCGAGUGUCACAGCGAGGCUUAUCCGAGACCAAUUACGUAUUGGACGAAACCGAGCAACGAAACUAUCGUCAGUGAUAACAAUUACUUGGUCGAGACAAUACCGAUGGGUUACGAGACUACUAUGAAGCUCACCAUUAAGUCUGUAAGAGCACAGGAUUUCGGUUCAUUCAGAUGUGUCGCUACGAAUUCACUCGGCGAAACAGAUGGCAAGAUAAAGCUUUACAAAUUGGCGAAACCACCAACGACAAGAAAACCGAAUUCGAGGAGAGACUCGAAGAAGUCGUGGAUGCACGAGAAUGGCAACGACAAAAAGACUGCAGGCAUGAUAGACGACUCGAUGCUAAAUGAGGACGGUGAUGUUGAGGAUUCGAUAGAUUUUCAAUCGGCCACGUCGUCAUCGUGCUUUCAUCGACACUUCACCAAUAUUGUGACCCUCGUCAUCGUAUCCGUUCAUUUGCUUGAAAGACCAGUGACGUAGACGUUCGAAAAGCCUCAAAAGCGGAAGAGAUCGCAGAUGAGAGGGGGCGAAGGUGUAGAGAAACAGACGCAAUUCCGUGCAACGGUAUUAUCGUUUCAUCCGACACACUAUUCCCGUCUUUCGGACGCCGUUACCAGAUGCAAUUAAACUUUAAGACGGAAGGGAAGAAGUGCAAAAUCGAGUUAGCUGACAUAAUUAAUUUGGUCACUCCAAGGAAAACGUCGUUUGCAACAUUCGUGCCGAACAACGCGAUUUGAAUGUGAGCAUUUCCAGCUGUCUCUUAAACCCGAAGAAAGUCUUUUUCGCUUUGAAUACUUGGGGAGUAUUUUUAAUCGUCUGUCGUUCUAAUGUCACAGACGUUUGUCGAAGCUCACGAAAAAAUAAUGUAAAACAUCGAAUCCUCAUUUAUCAAAAACAGUUUGAUUCUUCUGACUGCAUAACGAUCUCAAAGAUCGAAAAAUUUCAUUUCUCAAUACGCAGACGCGAAUAAAACUUGUUGCUUGACAACAACCGUCGUGCAAAACGAUCUAACAGUCUUUAUUAAUUUCGUUAUAAUACGCAUAAUCUAAACGCAUCUACGAAGUCGUGAAAAAGUGAAACUUAUGAAGAUGGAAAUAUUUUCAAAUUUAGCAUGAACGAUCAACGACCGAUGAUCGCUGAUUAUUCAUAUUUCGUUGAUUCGAUGUAAUCGUUCACGAAUUUUGUUCUCAGAUUAUCCUCGGAUUGAAUAUUAGUCAUCGCCUGAUUACAUUAGCAUUCUUACAAUGAACGAAUUGAAUGAGGCGAAAAUAAUUUAACCGAUUUAAGACAAAAAUAUCGUAUCGAAACAGACGAAUGAUUUCCUAAUGACUAGAACCCAUACCAAGUUGAUCUACAACCUCAGAAAGCGUUCAUGAUUACUCGAUCAAAUAUUCGAUUAUGAGCCACACCCGGAGCAUUAUCGGUGUCUAACAAACGCGAUAAGCUGUGAUCCACGAAUCACAUUUUCAUGGCUUGGGCAUAAAUACUCGUGCGUGAAAUCGAGCUCUGGCAACAAAUCGUCGCUUUAGCCACAAAUCGAUACUUCGAGAAACGUUGAUAGCGAAACAUCGAGAGCGACUCGAACGCACGGUGUGUCAUGUUUCGUGUCAUAAAAUUUUCUACCUUUCAAACACGACAAUGAAGAGCCUGUCAAAAAACUAAUCGAAUCUGUAACAUAUGAUACGAACAAGUGCUUAGCUAUCAUAUGGUCAUUUUCAUUACACAAAAUUUUGACUUCCAUGGCAUAUGGAUUUUCGAUUAAUUGAAUUUCGAAUUAUUCUUACAGAGUGAAAACAAGGCGAGAAAGUACUCCAAUUCGCGAUAAUUCAUUUGUCGAUUUUGCAAAGAUUUUUCAUAAAGUGUAAAAUAAGAAAAAUAUAUAAAUAUUAAGGUAACUCUUUGCUGUAUUGACAAAUAAAUAACCGUGGCUCUCCUUAAAACUAUGUGUCGCGGCGUAAAUUCAGUUUUUCUUAUGUAUGGCCUAAUUAUCACAGUCAUUACCGUGUAAGACGAAUGGUUUAUUGCACGAAAAGCGUAUUUGGCAUAUGCAAAAGUAAAUUUUUCGUUUCCCCUUUUAAAUUGUCUGGCAAACAUAGACUGUUGCCAUUAUAAGAAAUAAUUGCAAAUUCAAUCACGCAAUGGUUGGAAAUCGUGUAGGGUUUUAUGGACAUAGGUCAGUUGGUAUCGAUCGUAACACCAAAUCACGCUGCAAUUGUAUAUAACAGACAUUAAACAGUCCAUUUUGUGGAUACGAAUGCAACAUUUGGGGAUAAAACCUUAUAAUGGUUUUAGUCGAAAAAUAUUUUCGUAAAGACACAUUAUCAUUUGAGUCUGAAGAGUCUUCAGCGUGUUUGUCAAAUAAAUUAAAAAAUAAUCUGAAGAUGACGAUGGAACCUUGGAAGACAUUAACCAUAAGUGUAAAGUUGAACCGAAUGAAUGCUUUCUUCCUUUCUUUUGCUUUUGAUCUUGAAUUUGGCUAAAAUGGCCAAUUAUCAAAUAUCUAUUGUACAUAAAAAUUAGUGCGUAACGUUACCAUGCCCAUGAGUAUUCACGUGAUCGAACAGCUGCUAUUUCAUUUCGAUACUGAUUUCCCGUCCUGAACUCGUGUAAGAUAAAUGUAACCUAAUAAUAUUAUAACAAUACUGCAUUUCCGAAGGGAAGAGAAAAGCCAUCGGUUUUAAAAAUGAACGUGUAUGUAAGUGCACAGUCUCGUAGCUGCGCAUACAUUGAUAAAUUGAAUUCCUGGAACAGGAUACUGUCGGUUUCAACGAAAAUUUAUCAAGUUCACUAAUUAAGGAGAUUCGCCAGCGAAUGGUCAUGUGUUACAAGAGAGAAAAAGUAAUGGAGAGGAAGGGAAAAUUAGAGAGAGGCAUAGUGGCCUUGGUUUGUCCCCGAGGUGGUCACGUGCAAUGCCAACACACACUUUGUAGUAACGAUUCAGUGGUCAAGGCGUCGGAUGGUCAGACAGCGAUAUUGUAUUAUUUAAUGAAUACUGCCUCCCGUCCAACUCCGUUGCUUCCUCUAUUCGACUGUCUGUCUAUCCGUCUCUGUCCAUUUCACGUCACUCUCUCGCUGAGCCCUCUCCUUCAAUCUCAUCUAUUUUUCACUCACACUGUAUUUCGAUCUCGCAUCUAUUUGCUAACUCAAGCUUGUGACAAGCAUUCGACAACUUGUACAACGGUUUGAACCAGUUCGUGUCUGACCAGCCGGUACCUUACGACUUCAAUACUGUGGUCCAGUCUGGAUCAGUUUCUAUGAAGCCCUUCGGUACAAUUUCGGAGGAUUGUGCUUGCUGAUGUCUUCGGCUCUCUCUGUGCCUCUCUCACUCUCUUUUCCGUGGAAAUGAAAUCGAAAAGUGUACUACUGCCAACUUAGUGAUCUCGUAUAAUUCUUUAAAGAUUUUUCCUUCUUCGACCAUUGCGUCCGAUUACUUCAUGAGCAUUGGAAACUACGAUUUGCAAACGAUUAUUUUUGAAAAACUGUAAAAUUUUUUGUAGAAUGAAACAAAUUUAUUCUCCAAUAACCAUUUCUUCCAAGCAGCACAAAGUGUAGACAUCUGUCGAACUUUUAUUGGUAAGCCCUGAACGAAUUUAACAUGUACAUUUUUACUUUGUUUCUCUUGUACUACCGUGUAUGAUAUAAUGAUAGAAAAAAUUGUUAUAUGGUGCAAGCUCUGUCGAUGUUGCCUAAACGUUUCGUAAAUGAUAGAAGCCUUAUUUGCACUCGGCAUCUGACCACAAAAGUCGAGAAUUAGCGAUGUAAAUUGGUAUUCGCUAUGCAGGGUAAUGAAAGCUUAUAACGUAGAUCAUCCGAAUCGAGUUGGUGGUAUUAGAGGGAUGUAAAUCAUACUUCAAUUGUGAAUAUCAGUAUCAUCAGAGAUAUGAAAAGCAACAUAUCCGAACGACAUACCAAAACGACACUUUUCAUAAUCAAUUUGAUCUGUGAAUUAAAGGAUCGAAGGUAUUCGAAAGAUCGGCAUGUAACUCUGUAAUAUUUGUUAGGAAAGAUGCCCGGAGUAGCAUUCAAUUUAUGAAUUCAAGCAGUGAAUGGCUUGCCUGUUUUCCGACGAAUUUUUCGAGCAUUGUAAAAACGAAAAAGGUCGUUGAAGAUUGAAAAAGAUUGAAAAGGCGUUGCCACUGAUAGACAUGUUGUCCACGAUAACUCACGUGGGAAAGUUCGUGAGAGAAUAAUAUUUUUUUUGUCAUUCGAAAAAUGGAUCGUUUGUCGUUUUGCGUAGAGCUCCCAUGGUACUCGAUGUGAUUAAAUAUUCGUAGUGAAUUUUAUGUUGUUGGAAGGGACCGUUGGGAUCCUGCGAAUAAAAGUAUUACGUAUGUAUUCCACGUGUUUCGAUCGUUGCUUUCAAUUUUUAGGUAGAUCGCGACUGAUAUGUACAAUGAUGAAUGACGAAAUAAAAGAAAUGUUAGAAUAUACAAAAAAUACGGGGAGAAAGGGAGAACAUACACUUUGUGCUAAUAAGCCUAAUAUAAGUAGUUUUAAGCCUCAGGGACAUGUACAUAAGUUGAGUCUGUGUAACUAUCAAUUAGUUUUUGCAUUUGCGAAUACGAGAAAUGAUUGUAAAUAAAUUAUGAAAUUAUCGUGCAAACGUAUGUAAUAAAUGUUAGACAAUCCUAA